AUGAGUACUUCCGGCAGUAGCGAAACGCCGUUUCUAAAUUUCCCACCGUUCUAUACGUUGCAGCCAUGCCUAGAAACUAGACAAAAGCAAUUACAAAUGUGGGUAAAAUAUGUUAUUGAUUACUGCAAAACAAAUGGCGUUGCGGAGAUUGUGCUGAGUUCAUUUCCCCUAUUUGAUAACCGUUCCAUUAACAGGAGCCUGAGUGAAGAGAUGCGGCUGAUGGUAAUGGAUCUUUUGUGCAGCCAAGGAUAUGGCCAUUGUGAAAGACCGGGAGUUUACAGUGUUGUUCAGCAGAGUGUAAAGGAUUGGGCAUAUAAGAUAUACAACUGGAUGAUCUCAAAUGGCUAUCGCAUGGAGGUAAUGGAUUUGGAAGAUAUUCGCUGUGGUGACCGAGUUUGUCACGAGACUUUCUAUAACAUGCAAAAGAGCAUCUUUAACGAUUGCAUAGAUAUUCUCAUAAAGGAUGGAAAGGUUUGCUUUUUAACAUCGCUGAUACUAUUAUUAUAUAGGCUCAACAUAUCACCGAAGAAUCAAUUCGCUUUUUGUAGCUUUAUAUAUUGUUUGUUGUUUAUACGAUUUGUAAAAUCUAUUGUUUCUAUGUUGUAUUGUGGACGACUUCUAUCCACCAGUUUUCAAACUGAUCUUUUGCUUGUUUUUCCUAUAAUCUAUUUAGUAAAUCAAUAA